AUGAAAGAAAUGCAGCGGGCGUCGCGACGCGACGGUUUAGGGCCUUGCCACGUGGCAGCGCCGCCCACGCCCGCCCAUGCUUCGCUCUCGCCGCGCCCUCCCAUUGAGAAAAGAUUCAAAGUAGUGGAAUUUCCUAUAUCUUUUGCAGAAUUAUCGACAACUCGCGAAUUGGAUAUAGAAACAGAUCUUUACUCAUCAGCUUAUCUCAAGACAACUUGUGAAGGUCAUUUAAUGAAAUUUGAUGAUGCACGAAAUAUAUCUGCUUCACACAGAGCAUUUAUUGUCGAUAUUAAAAGUAACCAUGUAAUUACAAUUACAUUCAUACCUAAAAAUGAAUGUAUAUCAAAAGCAAAACACGAUAAACAUUUUGACAAUAGAAAUCAGAGUUAUUCUAUACAAAUAAGUACUCCCACAUUGAUGACAAAUGAAAAAUGUUUAAAAUUUGGUAUGGUAACAACAGAAGCAUUUGUUACUUCCGUUUCUAUUAAAAUCUUUAAUAAUUUUAAUUUAAAUAUUAAUUUUAAAUGGGAAGAGUUACAAGCCGACGUUCCUUUUGAAAUAACACCAAACUCUGGAAUAAUACCUCGGCAUUCCAGUAGAAUAUGUGAUGUACAAUAUAUAUGCAAGAAUUCAAAAACAAAAACACAUGAGGUAGAUUUAUUGGUAAUUAGCAGUAUAACUAGACCUAUACCUUUCGAACUCAGCGUGAUUACACGUAAACUGUCAAUAAAAUUUCUACAAACAGCGGUAAUAUUUAAAGAUAUUGGUUUAAAUUUAGAGACUACUGAGAAGGUUAAACUUGAGAAUUCAUCUCGUGAACUCGCUCUUUUUCACGUAGUAGAGCCAUUAAUUCCAGGCCUUAAAAUUGAGCCAAUGUGUGGAACAAUACGUCCAAAGAUGAUAAUGUCUUUUAAUAUUAUUGUUAAAAUUCCGUGCAUAUUGGAAUUUGCUUUUGAUAUUUGUGUAAAAAUAAAUAAUAAAGAAAACGUCAUUUUACCUAUAAGUGGAAAUGUUAUAGAACCAAAAAUAAUAAUUCAUCCUAAAAAUGUAUAUAUGGCACGAGUACCUUGUUACAUGAUUACUUUUGUACCAGUGACGUUUCAAAAUUUGGGUACUAUAAAAACUAUUAUUGAAGUAUUAGAUACAGGUGAUGAUAAUAUUUUUGAUGUAUAUAUAUUACAAGGCAAUGAACGAAAAAGGACAUUCGAAUUCACCGUGGAAGGAGGUCAGACAAGAACAGUAUUUGUAAAAGUAUACGAUAUAUUUCGAAGAGAAUACGAAAUGUACAUACCUUUUAAAAUAAAUGGUUUACUUGGACCACCAAAUCAUAACAUGUGUACAACUGAACUUCGGUAUUAUACAGAAGAAUACGAAAAGUCAGUAAUU